ACCUGUUGCAACAGCGACUUCAGAUCUUAAACAUGAAAUCAUGAAAUGGAAAACAGAGCUGGAAGAGGUUAUCCCAAAAAAUAUAAGAGACAACAAUCAAAUUCUUGAAGACUGGAUAGAACAUGAUAAAAAGUUUGUAUCAACAAGAGCAAGCGCCAACGUAAUUAAGUGUUUGCAAAUAAACAGCUGUGUGAUUUUGACUGGCCCUCCUGGAGUUGGAAAAUCAUUCGUAGCUAGACAUGCAGCAUUACUAUUACAAAAAGAAGGAUAUAAAAUAAUACAGGUGGUCUCACCAGAAGACAUUCGUGUUUUUUAUCAACCUGGUGAAGACAUAGUCUUCUUUGUAGAUGAUAUGUUUGGAAACUUUGUUACUAAUCAGUCUCAGAUUGAACACUGGAAAAAACUAUCACCUGUUUUGAAAAGUAUUUUUGCAGAAAGCAAUUGUAAGAUUAUAGCAUCAUGUAGGUUUACAAUUUGGAGUGAUGAUAACAUGGAUACGUUUAGGAUAUUAUCAUCCCUUAAAUUUUGCGAAUGUAACUUAGUAUCGGAUAAGUUAUGUCUCACAUCUGAUGAGAAAACAGAUAUUGCCAAUAUUUAUAUUAAUAAAAGCGGACGCGAUGUAAAUAAAUUAUUCCGAAAUAGUGAUUUUUUCCCACUACUGUGUUCUUUAUCUUUUGUUAGAAAAGAUGAAAACAUCAACGAAUUUUUCAAAAAUCCAUUUGAGGUCUAUAAACGUGAGCUAGAUAAGUUAAGUACGAAAGAUGAUGAAGGGAAAUGCAAAGUUUGUAGUCUCGCUUUGUGUGUUCUAUUCAAUAACAAUUUGAGUGAAAAAUGGUUCCGGGGUAAAGUUACCCACCAACAACGACAGAUAUUCCAGGACCUGCGUAAUGCUUGUGGCUUGAACAGUAACACAACAAAGGCAAAACUUAAAAUUGCACUUGAUACUUUAGAUGGUACAUUUAUAUGUAAACGCAGAGGUAGUUAUAGUAUCACACAUAUGAAAUUGUUUGACUUUCUCGCUCAUUAUUUUGGUGAUAUAAUGAUGGAAUGUUUAAUAAAUCAUGGUGAUAGGUAUUUAGUGAAUGAACGUUUUAUCUGGAAGCAGUCUACAGAUUACGAGAAGUGUAAACACGACUUCUUUAUUGAAAUAGACGAUGAUUAUAUAGAACCAUAUCUAGAAAGGUUGAUAACUGAUUGGUUAAAAGGAGAGGUGUUAGUUGUAUUUAGUAAUAUUAAUAUGAAAGUAUCACUAUUUCGACAACGAUUAUUAGAUUAUUUACUAGCAUUGGACGAAUCACUACAAAUAACACUAAGUAAUACAAAAGAUACACUGUUUCCAAGGGAAAACCCUGGAUCAGGUACUACUCCACUGAUUGCGUCUUGUUAUUAUGGUUAUACUACCCUGGUAGAGUGGAUAUUAGGUAAAGAUGUGGAUGUGGAUCAAUGUAAGUAUAAUAAGGUCGGAGGAGUGUACAUGGCAUGUCAAAAAGGUUAUAUUGAUAUAGUGAAAAUGCUAAUAAGGAACAAUCCAAACCUCAAUCUGUGUGACGACUAUGGCUGUUCUCCAUUGUACAUGGCCAGUAAAAACGAACAUACUGAUAUCGUAAGAUUGCUCCUAGAACAGAAUUCUGACGUUGAAUUAUGCGAUUUUAAUGGUUGUAGUCCUCUUUACAUAGCAAGUAAGAAUGGAUAUAAUGAAAUAGUACGUUUGCUCUUAAAGAAGAAUCCAGACGUUGAUUUAUUUGACGAUAAUUGCUGUACGCCUAUUUUUAUGGCUAGUAAGAAUGGUCAUACUAAUAUAGUACGGUUACUCUUAAAACACAAUCCUGCCGUUGAUCUAUGUGAUAAUAGUGGUUGUAGUCCUCUAUUUAUAGCAAGUACGAAUGGAUACGAGGAUAUAGUAAGAUUGCUUUUAAAGAAGAAUCCUAAUGUUAAUCAGUGUGAUACUAAUGGUUGUAGUCCUCUUUACAUAGCAAGUAAGAAUGGAUAUAAUGAAAUAGUACGUUUGCUCUUAAAGAAGAAUCCAGACGUUGAUUUAUUUGACGAUAAUUGCUGUACGCCUAUUUUUAUGGCUAGUAAGAAUGGUCAUACUAAUAUAGUACGGUUACUCUUAAAACACAAUCCUGCCGUUGAUCUAUGUGAUAAUAGUGGUUGUAGUCCUCUAUUUAUAGCAAGUACGAAUGGAUACGAGGAUAUAGUAAGAUUGCUUUUAAAGAAGAAUCCUAAUGUUGAUCAGUGUGAUACUAAUGGGCGUAGUCCUCUUUACAUGGCAAGCAUGCAUAGGCAUAAUAAUAUAGUAAUUUUGAUCUUAGAAAAUAAUCCUGACGUUGACCGGUGCGACAAUAGUGGUUGUAGUCCUCUAUCUAUAGCAAGUACGAAUGGAUACGUGAAUAUAGUAGGAACGCUGUUAACGAGGAAUCCUGAUGUUGAUCAAUGUGAUAGUAAUGGUCGUAGUCCUCUUUACAUGGCAAGCAUGAACGGACACACGAAUAUAGUGGCAUUGCUCUUAGAAAAGAAUCCUGAAGUUGAUCAAUGUGAUAGUAAUGGCUGCAGUCCUCUUAUCAUGGCCGUUAAGAAUGGAUAUUCUGUUAUUGUAGCGAUCCUCUUAGAGAAGCAUCCUAAUGUGGAUCUUCGUGACAAUAAUGGGUAUAGUCCUCUCUACAUUGCCAGUGCCAAUAAACAUAGGGAUAUAAUAAUGUUGCUCUUGAAGAAGAAUCCUAAUGUUGAUCAAUGCGAUGCUAAUGGAUGUAGUCCUCUCUACGUGGCAAGUACGAAAGGAUAUGCUGGUAUAGUAGAGAGCCUCUUACAAAAGAAGGCAAACGUAAAUCUGUAUGACAAAAAUGGUUAUAGUCCUCUUUAUAUGGCAAGUAAGAACGGACAUGAAUAUAUAGUUAUGCUGCUGUUAGAAAAGGAGGCUAAAGUUGACAUGUGUGGUUUUGAUGGCUGUAGUCCUCUCCACAUUUCAAGUAAUAACGGACAUACUCGUAUAGUAAAGAUGCUCUUAGAAUAUAAUGCGAACAUACAUCUGUGUGACAAAAAUGGCUUAAGUCCCCUCGACAUGGCAGGUAGAAAUGGACAUAAAGAUAUUCAAGUGUUGCUCUUAGAAAAGGCUAUCCACAUUGCAAGUACGAAAGGAGAAACAAUGAUAUUAAAACGUCUAUUAAAAAUGAAUCGUAACGUUGACAUGCGUGACGAUAAUGGCCGUAGCCCAUUGUACAUGGCAAUUGAUAAUGGACAUUAUGAUACAGUAGAGUUGCUCUUAGAAAUGAAUCCAAACGUUAAUCUGUGUGACAAAAAUGGUUAUAGUCCUCUUUAUAUGGCAAGUAAGAACGGAAAUGAAUAUAUAGUUAUGCUGCUGUUAGAAAAGGAGGCUAAAGUUGACAUGUGUGGUUUUGAUGGCUGUAGUCCUCUCCACAUUUCAAGUAAUAACGGACAUACUCGUAUAGUAAAGAUGCUCUUAGAAUAUAAUGCGAACAAACAUCUGUGUGACAAAAAUGGCUUAAGUCCUCUCGACAUGGCAGGUAGAAAUGGACAUAAAGAUAUUCAAGUGUUGCUCUUAUAAAAGGCUAUCCACAUUGCAAGUACGAAAGGAGAAACAAUGAUAUUAAAACGUCUAUUAAAAAUGAAUCGUAACGUUGACAUGCGUGACAAUAAUGGCCGUAGCCCAUUGUACAUGGCAAGUAAAAAUGGACAUUAUGAUACAGUAAAGUUGCUGUUAGAAAUGAAUUCAAACGUUAUUCUGUGUGACAAUGAAGGUUGUAGUCCUCUGUACAUGGCAUGUAAGAAGGGAUAUACGGAUAUAGUAAUGUUGCUUUUAGACAAGAAUCAUAUCAUUGAGCUGUGUGGUCCUCUCAAUAUGGCACGUGAAAAUGGACAUGAUGAUAUAGUAAAGUUGUUCCUAGAAAAAAAAUCCGAUGUUAAUUUAAGUCAAUAAUAGCUAAUAUUAUAAAUUCGUAUAUUUUAACUAAUUUGAUUCGUUCAGGGAUAGUCACAUAUUUUAGAAGGAAGAUGGAAAACGGCGGAGAGCAAAAAGCAUAUUGCACGGUUAUUUUUGAAAUAUCUAAAAAUCGAUAUACUGUGUUACGUCAUGUAUUGAAUUUCAUGAUAUUGUUAAAAGUUUUAAAAAGUCUAUAUUUUUUAUCGAGUAUUUGAAGAAAACAAUCUUCAAAUACAGAAGAUGUAAACAAAAAACACAAAAAAAACCCUAAAUAACAUCUAAUAUGUUGUUAUUGUCUAGGAGACAAUAGUAUAUCUAUAAAAUUCCAACAAAAUCAAUUGAUCGAAUAUAUUACGCUGAAGAGUUUGAUACAAAUAUGGUAUGAAAUUAAUAAUAUAACAAUUAUAGCCUUUGUCAUGUUUGUAUGAGGUCAAUACAUGAUAUAUCGACCCACACAAGUAUAUCGACCUUGGACUUCGUUCUCGGUCAGUAAACUUCUUUCAGGUCAAUGUAUCCUUGUAUAGACCUCAUACAAAGGCUAUAAUUGUAUAUUAUAGUAAAAUGUAUCCAGCAAUAAUAAAUAAAAAUAAGGAUAUAUUAAUGUUUCUCUUAUGAAAAAUCUUGACGUUUGUCUUUAUGACAAAAUAAAUGCAGUACCUUUACAUGGCAAGUAUAAAUAGAUAAACGGUUUUAGUAAUGUUGCUUCUGUUCCCCUUCUGCAUGUCAAUUAUAAAUAGAAAUAGGAAUAUAGUUACGUUUCUCCUGAUGGACAUAUCAUCACAUAACCUGCGAUACGUUAAUGGUUCCAGUCCUUUAUCUGCUGGAAGUAUAAAGGAAUAUAAGCAUACAUUUAUAAUAUGAGAAGGUUACUCUUACGAGAUAAUCCUAAACUUGAUAUGCAUGGCUAAAAUAGCUGUACAUCUCUCUUAAUGACAAGUCAUAAUGGAGAUUGCAGUUAAUUGAAUAAUGCUAUUGUUUAGAAGGUGACUUAUUACUUUUCAUGUUGCCUUCAUUAUUGGUAUGAUAUAUGUUGCCCGUAUCUCCUAGACCAAAAUGCUUACAUAAAUUGAGCAAGGAUAAUAAAAGGACUCUGUCAGUGUAUGCAUGUGAGUAAGGAUUUAGUGAUAUUGUACGUGUAUUGUGUUUGAUAAAAGAGCUUAUACGGAUAUUUGUACACUAGUUUUGAAAAUCAGUUUUGGGUGAUUUUUUGGUUUAUUGUAAACCUUUAUAACUGUGCCAAAACAGGCAGACGUUUAUAAAAAUAAGAAAGCAACGAAUGAGGUUGUUACAUUUGAUAUAUUUGCUUUUUUGUGCAUAUGUGUUAAAUAUUUGUUUGUGUUUAUGUGUAUUAAGAUACUUGUGAAACUUGUACAUUCUGUCCUUAUUGUUUAUGAUAUUAUCGUAUUCUUGUCUUUCAUUUUGCUAAUGUGCUUAGUCUGUAUGCCUUUUGGUGUUACUCCAAAAACUUGCUUGUUGCUCGUCUUUCAUUUUUGCUAUGCACUUUUUCUAUAUGCUCUUUUAUGUUCCUCUCUUUCAUAUAUGACGUGGCUUUGUACUUAUACAUCCAAUCAUUGUGUUAUUGUACUAUAUUGUAAAUGUGUGUAUUCUUGUCUUUAAUUUUUGCUAAUAUGCUUGGUAUGUAUGCCAUUUUGCGCUUUUUUGUUACAUGUUUGUAUGUUUGUUUAGUGAUUAGAAUUAUAGCACAAUGUUAACUGCUGUAUUUUUUACAUUUUUACCUAUUUUGUCUGCUUGUUUUGUUCACGCACCGUUGUAAAUAAAAUGGAAUUUGAUGCAACUGUCAUACAAGUAAGAGGUUUAGCUGUGCUACAUAGUAUCUGCCCUUAGUUACCUGUAAGUACCUGCUACAUGUGCUACACACUAUUUUCUCACAUAGACGGUAAUUAAAUGUGACGUCUUCAACGACUGUUAGACAUUUGCGGAAACUGUCAUACACCUACGAUUAGAAUUAGAAUUACACUUACAGGUAACAUUUAAAUCUUGGGCUUACUCAAAGUGUAAAAAUAAACCGUCAAUCCAAAACAAUAUAACGAUAGUGAUGUUUUUCUGUAGUUGAACAACGACUUUUUUUCUAAUAUAUUUGCAGCAAUGUGUUAACAUUAAUUAUUGUAUCCGGUUUUAUCUAGGUUGAAAAUGCUGUAAUUGUAAGAAGUAUGAUAGAAUGAACCAACAUUAUUUUAAAAAUAAUUUUAACAUGAGACACACAAAAUAUCGCAAUUGUCGUUGCAGUAACUAGAUUGUGACUAUUGCUGAAAAAAAAUCAGCAAUACUUUGUGUUAGGAAAGGUGCAAUCAACCAAGGAGCAUGUUAGCAUGUUCAUGCUAAGACAUACUUUCUCUCUUGUAUUUUGUUUUAAAGAGAAUGAGGAAAUACAGCGGACGGGUGUUUUGAGAUAUUUAUUCUUCAUGACAUUUCACUUGCCGUUUGGUAUAAUUUUGAAAACUUUUAUUUUUCCUGAAUAGGACAAACACUUUUGUCUACGUUUUUGGUUUCAAAAGCAAAAAAUCACAACUACAGUUAUCAACGAACUUCUUUAUGGCGGAAAUAUAUUUUAGACUGUUCGCCAGACUCAGUUGAAAUGUAAGAAUAGGUGUACUCAAAUAGUUAAAACUUUGCUCGACUAUCUAUGUUUUCAACAGCAACAAACAAAAAAUGACAAACGAGUUCCAAGUAGUUUUUCUUGUAAGCAAUUAUUAUAAAAGAGAUCUUGGGAAUCAUUAAGUAUGGACAGGUUGUAUUUUCGCGGUGUCGAUGAUUAUCCCCCAUGAACAUGGGUGGGACUGGUAUACUCGAAACAUGAGCUUUAACCCCUGUUCCGAGACUGGUACUAUUUUCAUGGAAUUGAAAUAUGGAGUGCACUGAGGACGCAGGGGUCGAUCCAGCAAUUUUCAAAUUAGGAUUCCAACCCAAGAUAAAAGGAGGGGGGGGGG